AUGAUGUAUCAUUCAAGAUCAAAUUCAUUACAUUCAAUUGUAGAAAUGAUUCUUUCAUUAUUAUCACUAAUGAUCUAUGGAAUUAUUAUCAUUUAUAGUAAACCAUUAGAUAUUGAAUCAGAUACACCAUUAACGAUAAGUUUUAAUCCAUCGUCUAAUCAAGUACAAUUAAAUCAACCAUUAAUAAUACGUUGUGAAGUUCAUUCAUUCAAUAAUAAACAAUUACAAGUCAAUAAUAAUAAUAUACUUAAUGGUUAUAGUAUGUUCUUUCAAUGUCCUAUAGCCCCAUGGGGUAAAUUUUGUUUUCAUAAUUGUCAAUCUGCAUGUGUUGGUGAAAUACCUAAUCAAUGUCCAUAUGAUAAUGAAUUAAGUCUUAUUAAAUGUCGUACUGCUAUGACUGAACAAGGUUAUUUCUUUUAUGAAUAUACAAUACCAAAUCUAACUGAAACAUGGUUAGGAUUAAACCAUAAUAAUAAUAAUAAUACUUCAAUGGAUAAGGAUAAUCAUCAUCAUAAUAAAAUAGAAGGUUUCUCAUGUAAAACAGCUGGAUUAGAAACACCAAAAAUUCCUUUAACUUUAGUUAAACCCAAUGAUAUUCAAUUGAAUACAAUGGAUCUAUCAAAGACUAAAACAUCAUCAUCAUCAUCAUCUAAUUCUCAUUCAAUGAUAUCUCAUUUGAAUAAAACUAUAUCUAAUGAAUAUAAUACACAGAAAGAUGAAUCUAAUCCAUUGAAUAAUGGAAUGAAUCAAUCGAUAAAACGAAUCAAUUCUGAACUUAAAGGAGGUCAUUCAUGGUCCGGAUAA